AUGAGUCUAAUGCGAAUUGAACGUAAAAGAGCCUCGAAGGAACGUAAUCUAAAUCUUUUCUUAAUUGGUCUAUCCUUUUUUGCUAUUGUAAUUACUAUUUUCAAGAUUAUGUUCAAUUGUGAACCAAGCCUAUAAACUGGAGAUCUGUAUAAAAUAGAGAAUUUUAUCUUCUUAUUUAUGCUAUUUUUCAUAAACUCUUAUUGCAUAGCUGUAUAUCUAUAUGCCUAGAGAUUUUUUUCAAACUACUUUCAGAAGCAAAUCAAUAAUAACUAGGAUAUAAUUGACCAAUAUUAGAUAAAUGAGAUGAAAAGAUCAAUGAAAUUUUUGAAAAUAUUUAUGUUUACAGUUUGCGCAACCAUGCUUAUUAGAUAUGUCGUCAAUGUGAUUUACGAUCUAGACUACAGUUUUAAACUUAUUGAAAUUUAAACAGGUUCGCUCUUGUGUAUCACGAUAUUAAUAUACAUAACUGAGAUAUCUCUAAUAAUCAUGAUGUCCUAGUCAAUUAAGGAAACAACCAAGUCUUAGAGAAGAAAAUAUUCAUAUCUUUCAACAGGAACUCCAGCAUAAAUACUCACUCCAGACUAGUAAUCAAGAGACUUUGCAGCUUUGGAUGAUUCAACUAAUGGAGAUAUCUUAAAAGAAAUUGAAUAAAAUCUUCUUUGA